GCCAGGUUCUUCUUAAUACCCACGUGAUUAGGUUUUAGCUCGCGCCAUUUUGACAACAAUUGCGACAUGGAAUAAAAAAAUCGCUGACAAUGUCUAACAUUCAUGUUGAUAAAGACGCGUAUUGGCGUAGAAUUAAAGCCCUGUAUUCAGCUUGGGGUAAAGCACCUGAAAAUGAUGGCUAUGGGAAAAUGGAUGCCCUGGUUGUUGCCAUGGGACAAGAUGAAGAAGUUGUGUACUCGAAAACUACCUCUAUACAGACAUGGUUGUUUGGUUACGAACUAGCUGACACGGUCAUGGUGUUGUGUGAGAAGUACAUCUACAUACUUGCUAGUAAGAAGAAGAUUGAUUUCCUAAAACAGGUAGAGGCAGGCAAGGAGAAUGAGAAUGGCUUACCUUCUGUUAGAUUGCUGGUCAGAGACAAGGCAGACAAGGACAAGGCAAAUUUCAACAAACUGAUCGAAGCUAUAAAGAAGAGUAAAAAGGGGAAAACUAUUGGUGACUUUUCUAAAGAUAAAUUUCCAGGUGAUUUCAUGGAUGCCUGGAGGUCUGCUUUGAAAGGAGCCAACUUUGAAAAGGUUGAUGUGAGUGGAAAUGUGGCUGUUGUGAUGUCACCAAAGGAAGAAUCUGAACUAAAAACGAUCCAGAAAGCUUGUGUGGCCACUUGUGAUGUCUUCUCUAAAUAUCUUAAAGAACAAAUCAUGGAAGUCAUUGAUGCUGAUAAGAAAGUGAAGCACUCUAAGCUUGCUGAUGGUGUGGAACAAGCAUUAAAGAACAAGAAAUAUUUACCAGCUGGCAUUGAUGCUUCACAAUUAGACAUGUGUUAUCCAGCUAUCAUACAGAGUGGAGGGAAAUACAGCCUCAAGUUUUCUACAGUCAGUUCUGACGAGAGUCUACAUUUUGGAACAAUUAUCUGCUGUAUGGGUUUACGGUACAAGUCAUACUGCUCUAAUAUUGUAAGAACAUUGAUGGUUGAUCCUACAGACAAGAUGCAGAAAGAUUAUGAGUUUCUCCUGGAAGUUGAAGAUGAAAUCUUGAAGAAACUGCAACCUGGAACAAAAUUGAGCGCUGUUUACGAUUCUGCUGCAGGUUAUGUGAAAUCAAAAAGACCAGAAUUGCUUGAUAAAAUGACAAAGAAUGUUGGGUUUGCUAUGGGCAUAGAGUUUAGAGAGGGCUCUAUGCUGAUCACUGGAAAGUCACAAAUUCCUGUGAAAAAGAAUAUGGUGUUUAACAUCAAUGUUGGAUUUUCUGACCUGGAGAAUAAGGAAAGCAAGGACUCUGCAGGAAAGAAGUAUGCUCUGUUUAUAGGGGACACAGUACUUGUGAGUGAGGGAUCACCAGCAUCUGUGAUGACAAAUGCAAAGAAGCGAAUGAAGUAUGUAGGAAUAUUUCUGAAAGACGAGGAUGAGGAGGAGGAUGAAGAGGAAGAAGAAAAAAAGCCACAACAACCAGAGAUGUUAGGGAGAGGAAGGAGGAAUGCUGUGUUGGAGAACAGAACUAGGCCUGAUGCUACCACGGAAGAAAAAAGAAUCAAACAUCAAAAAGAACUUGCCGAGAGACUGAAUGAAGAAGCAAGGGAGAGAAUGAGGGGAUUGAAGACUGGCGGUGAUGAGAAAAAGAUGAGAAAAUCCAAUGUUUCCUACAAGACUAUCUCACACCUGCCGAGUGAAUCAGAGAUUAGAGAACUGAAGCUGUUUGUAGAUAAGAAGUACGAGACAAUUAUCCUUCCAAUAUUUGGAUUACCAACACCAUUUCACAUUUCUACUGUCAAAAACAUAAGUCAGUCUGUGGAAGGAGACUACACAUAUCUUCGUAUAAACUUUUUCCAUCCCGGCUCAGCUCUUGGAAGAAAUGAGGGAAACACUUUCCAACAGACUGAUGCUACUUUCCUUAAAGAAAUAACUUACAGAAGUUCCAACACAAAGGAACCUGGAGAACUCUAUGCUGCUUCGUCUAACCUGAACACUGCCUACAGAUUGAUCAAAGAAGUACAGAAAAAGUUCAAGACUAGAGAAAUGGAAGAGAAAGAAAAAGAGGGUAUAGUAAAACAAGAUGCUCUCAUAGUAAACCCAAACAGAGGUAACCCCAAGCUGAAGGAUCUGUAUAUAAGGCCAAACAUUGUCUCAAAGAGAAUCUCUGGCUCCCUGGAAGCACAUUCUAAUGGUUUCAGAUUUACAUCAGUUAGAGGAGACAAGGUAGAUGUUUUAUACAACAACAUAAAACAUGCCUUCUUCCAGCCAUGUGAUGGAGAAAUGAUAAUUUUGUUACACUUUCACCUAAAGCAUGCUAUAUUGUUUGGCAAGAAGAAACAUAUAGAUGUACAGUUCUACACGGAGGUGGGAGAAAUCACGACAGAUUUGGGUAAACAUCAGCACAUGCACGACAGAGAUGAUUUACGUGCUGAACAGGCUGAGAGAGAUAUGAGACAGAAACUGAAGUCGGCCUUCAAGAAUUUCUGCGAAAAAGUAGAAAGUUUGACCAAAAAUGAGGUGGAAUUUGAUACACCAUUCAGAGAGCUUGGUUUUCAUGGAGCUCCAUUCCGCAGUACCGUGCUCCUUCAGCCUACCAGUGGUUGUCUGGUUACCUUAACAGAAUGGCCCCCAUUUGUUAUCUCCCUUGAUGAAGUUGAACUGGUCCACUUUGAGCGUGUGUCAUUCCAUCUGAAGAACUUUGACAUCGUGUUUGUGUUUAAAGAUUACCACAAGAAGAUUGCUAUGGUGAACUCUGUUCCAAUGCAAGUGCUUGAAAACGUCAAGGAAUGGUUAAAUUCCUGUGACCUGCGUUACACAGAAGGUGUACAAUCUCUCAACUGGACAAAGAUUAUGAAAACUAUCACAGAUGACCCAGAAGGGUUCUUCGACAAUGGUGGUUGGAGUUUCUUGGAUCCUGAGAGUGAGGACGAGGGAGAUGAUGAUGAAGAUGAAGAAGAUGAGGAAUUUAAUCCGUCAGAUGACUUCAGUGGUAGUGAGGAAGAAAGUUCUGAUGACUACAGUGAGGAGAGCAACUGGGAGGAAGAGGAGGAAGAUGAUUCAGAUGAAGAGGAGGAUCUUGGUUCUAGUGAAGAGAGUGGUAAAGACUGGGAUGAACUGGAAGAAGAGGCCAGGAGAGCUGAUCUGGAGUUAGACGAGUAUGGUAGUGACUCGAACACAAAACACAAACAUAGUAAGAACAGACCUUCACACAAAUCGUCACACAAGUCUUCAUCACACAAGUCACCACACAAGUCUUCGUCACACAAGUCGUCGUCACACAAGUCGCCACAUAAGUCCUCGUCACACAAAUCACCGCAUAAAUCGUCUCAUCAUCACAAGUCGUCACGAGACAAAGACCGCCACUCUGCGUCUCCGAAGAAGAGAAAGCACAGCGGUGAUGAUGGCGGACGUGAUAAGAAAAAGAAGAGGAAGUGAGCAGUAGAUAAAACAACAAAAAAAAAACAACAUUGAUGCUACAUAGCCGAAUAACAUUUUAGGACUCUGACAAUGAUUUGAAAGCAGUCUAGAUACAUCUUCACUACUUACAAUUAGCACUAUCUAAAAAUGCACAAAAACUGUUCUUUACAAGUGGUGUAAACACAGUUGGUGUAGUGAACAUGUCGUGUAUACUGAUCUAAACUAUGUUUCAAUGUGAAAUCGAAUAUAUUAGUCAGCUGAACAAUAUCGAAAGUGUGCUUUAACUGGCAAAUUUUGCUUGAGCAUUCUUGAUCAACCUUGACUUCUUCAUGUUUAACUUUCGGACACGCCCAAUACUCGGAGGAAAAUAUGAAACUUUCUUGAAGUUAGCUCUGAUCUAAUAUUGCAGGAUCUGCUGGAAUUCUGCAAGAGUUUUUCAGUGUUUAUUUGUCUUUGUACAUUUCAGUUGUAAGUGUAUUAUUUGAUGAAUAUUGUACUUGUGUUGGUAAUGCCUUGGUAGUGCAUGAUACAUAUUACAGAAAUCUCGCCAAGAGUUUUGCACUGAAAAUGUUUUUUAUUGUGUUUACUAUCGCAAAAAGUGGCAUUGUCAGCGAGUGAUCACAUUUUUGAAAACUGAUAUAUGAAUUUAUUCUUAAUUCUGUAAAUAUGUGACUCAAAAUUUUGCUUCUCUAGCCUCUAUAUGAUUUGUAGAAACACAAAAAAAUUGUAAAUGAACAAUUGAUUUAGCAUUUACUAUUUGAAGAAAAAAAUAGUUUUCUUUUACUUCCUUAUCAUUUGUUUAAUAUGUUUAAAGUGUAGAUAUGUAAAAUUGUGUAAAAAAUAGGAAAUGUUGUGUAACUGAAGAGCUAUAUUAAUUUGACAUGUUUAUAUAAAUGUCAGGAGAUUUUCAGCUUGAAAGAAAAAAAACCUUGACAUAAUCAUAAUUUAUAUUGUUACUGUUCAAACAUGGAUACAUUUUCAGUUGUGGUUAUAAAAAGCUCUUAUGAUAAUGUUUUUAGAAAAAACUGUUCACUGUUCAAACAACUCUGAUAAUCAAUUUCGUAGAAAGAAAUGUUCACUUAUAUGAUACCCUUUCAUAAGUUAGCAGAAAGAGUUGUUCACUGUUUAAACAAAAACUCGUGAUGCACUUUCACUGUUAGCUUUGUAGAGAGAAAAAGAAAUAUCACUUGUUCCAGUUUAGAAUUAUAAAAUUAAAGAUUGGGAAAAGUA